AAUAGUACCAGCAAUUAGCGGUCUUCUAGGGGCUUUUCGGAAGUUCCUCAUCUACACAAUGCAAGUGGCAUUGUCGCGUUUUCUUGUACAUGUACGCGUUUUUCUGUUUGUCAAGCCUUUCUGUAUGCUUUUGUAUUUUGAUUACUCAUGAAUGUUGUCAGUUAUUUAUUGUCGGGUGCACUAUGUAUUUUCUGUUUUGUUCAUUUUUCUGUAUUUAUAUUGUUUUAUUCGUUAAUAAAGACCGAUGCAAGGCGCCCAUGGGACUUUCUCCCUUUCACCCUCUCUCCUAUCUCACUUUUCUUUCCCCUUCUCCUUCGACAUCUAAUCUUCCUCUUUUCUGUCCCCCUUUCACACUCGGGCAAUACCAAUGAGUAGUCCCGGGUCUUCAUCCCCUUUCAUAUAGGCUGUCUAUAGCAAGGAACUAAAGAAGAACGAGUACUCACAACAUCCAGCAGACGAACCAAACUUCAAUAUUUAUUGGGACAUCAAGGACGACAACAACCUCAAAUCCAGAUGGAAGAUCUACACCGAUGGAUCUAAAAACAGCAACGGCACUGGAGCUGGUUUCACGGUGAUGAACUCCAACAAUAGAACCAUAUAUCAGUGCUAUCAGAAACUUGCUCCUCAUUGCUCAAUCUCCCAAGCAGAGAUGUGGGCAAUUCUCAAGGCACUCCAAUACAUCAAUAGCAAUCUGGACAUCUAUAAAGGGAGCAUAACCAUUCUCACCGACAGCAAAAUGGCGCUACAUAGCCUGUACAACAACAACCACCCAACAGUACUGACCAACAAGGUACAGAAAGCAGCCAGAACACUAAGUGAAAAAAGCAAACUUAACUUCGGUUGGGUCCCUGCUCACACUGGCAUCGAUGGCAAUGAGAAGGCGGAUAAGUUGGCCAAACUUGGUGCUAACUCCGCUACUCAACCAUCAUAUACAGACCUUCCUCAAAAAAGACUUAAAAAUGAACUUACCAGCAUUAUCAACUCUGCCUGGCAGAGGGAAUGGAGGACUGCCGACACAGGCAGGAACUGUUUUUCUUUCAUCCCCUCAAUCGAGAUACGGAACGCUGCCAGACACUUCGUGCCAAAUAAGUACAUCUCACAAGUUCUCCUCGGCCACGGCAAUUUCCCAGCAUAUCUUUAUAGGUUCGGCAUCAAAGACUGCAACAAGUGCACUUGCACAGAAAACUCUAUCGGUGACGCUAUGCACUUUGCAUUUACCUGCCCAACUUAUGACAACGAUCGUGCUGAACUACAACACAGAUACCUACGGGAUAACUACAGCUGGCCACCAAACCCUGCGACCAUCUUCCAAAACAAGGGACUCUGGAAUACAUUUAAAGACUUUAUAAUUAAAACUGGAGCCCUUAAAGAACACACUGAGCCAGACAACUCAGAAGAAGAGGCCCCCGAUGAACUCCAACGGCCCAACGACUACUACGACUUCAACACCACUGACGAAGACGACACCGAAGAUGACUCCGACUAACCCCCAACUCUGUAAUUAAUAUUUCUUCAAGCACAUUAAUAUUGUGCACUGUACAUAUGUAAAAUAUUUUUCCAUUGUGUAAUACCUUUUCAAUAUUGUAACCUUUUUGAAUAUGCUAAAGCGACCACAUUGUAUCGGCAUUGUAUAUAUUUUUUUUCCAUCAUGUAUUCUAAAUUGUAUUUUUCUUUUAUUUUAACCACACUGUAAAAAUUUAUAC